AAAUCAAAUCCCCGGCGAUAUCAACGACGCCAAUUUAUUAAUUUGGUCAUAGGGUAGAACAAUGUACAAAAAUUUAAAUUUAAAAAAAAAAACCAAGUCCCUUUUAUUAAUUGUCAUAUCCUAUAUAUAUAUAUAUGGCCUAUUAAAUACAAACAUUUUGGUCCAACAGACUCAGCUACAGAAAGUCUGCCUCUUCCCUUUCCCAGUUCACACGGCCAUAAAUAAAGGUCAUCUCCUUAGUCCUUAUCUCAUUUCUAUAAAUUCAUUCAAUCUUACCCUUGUAUAAUACAAAUUUAAAACAAAUAGGAGAAAUGGCCCGAGUUAAAGCCCUCUUCUUCCUAGCCCUCCUCCUCUGCUCUACUUUAGUCUGUGCAGCCAGACCAGAACCAGCUUUUUCUGCAGCCACUUCUGCAAAAACCCAAUUUGAGGGUGUCGAAACAGAGUUUGAUGAGGUGGUGAAUGAGAGCUGUGAAGGAGCUGGGGAGGAGGAGUGCUUAAUGAGAAGGACUCUGGCAGCUCAUGUGGAUUACAUCUAUACACAGAAGCAUAAUCCUUGAACUUGGUUUGUUUUGUUAACAAUAUCUAUUUGUGAUUAUGUAAAACUUGUAAGCAAUAUCAAGUUUCCCCUGUUUUUUUUUUUUUUUUUUUUCUCUUUUUUCUUCAGAUUGUCUAGCAAUGUGAGACUGUGAAUUUGAACCAUUGAUCAAUUUCAAUGUAUGGUCCAAAUUUACAGUUUGACAAAGUAUUUAUCUUAUCAAGAGAAAGCAUAAUAUGAGAGUAAGAUAGUGGAGCUCAAGAACUCUGUCAUUAUUAAUCUCUCUUUACUACUGCAUUUAUAAUUCAUUCCUACAGAAGAACUGCAUGGUAGUAAAGAACGAUGAUCAAACGGGAGAGACAUACAUACACAGUUUUCUUGGUUCAUAAUGUUGAAUUCUUGAUUUAAUUAUAAAUAAAGCAAAAUACCACAGUUCAUGAAA